UAACACAAAGCCAUCUGGAAUUGGACAUUGCGCUUUUUCUCUUAAUCUUUUUGCUUUGCUUUUCUUCUCUCUCUCUUUUGAAAAUUGCUCAUCUUCACAGACCAAACUUCUCCACGAAUCUUUUUCUCCGAUCUGAAUGGGAGAGGAAGUGAGGAUGAGCGAUUACGAUGUUUCCGGCGAGGGAGAUAGGGUUCUUGAAUGGGAGAUGGGGCUACCUAGCGACGACGAUUUGACAUCUCUUUCUUACUCUCUGAUACCUCCUAAUCUCGCCAUGGCUUUCAGCAUAACUCCAGAGAAAAGCCGUACGAUGGAAGAUGUGAAUCGCGCAUCGGAGACGACGUUCUCGUCGCUGCGCAGCGGAUCUUCAGGUCUCAACACCUCGUCCUCUAACAAUAACAGCGUCGCGGCGGAGGAGGAAGAUCGAGUCGGAUCGAGCAGUCCCGGAUCGGAUUCGAAGAAACAAAAGACAUCCGGCGAUGGUGUGGCGGCGGCGGCGGAGGAAGGAGAUUCGGGAACUGAAGAUCCUACUGGGAAGACACUGAAACGACCGCGUUUAGUGUGGACGCCGCAGCUACACAAGAGAUUCGUGGACGUUGUGGCUCACUUAGGGAUUAAGAACGCAGUGCCGAAGACGAUUAUGCAGCUGAUGAACGUCGAAGGAUUGACUCGAGAGAACGUCGCGUCUCAUCUCCAGAAGUACAGGCUCUACCUCAAACGGAUGCAGGGGUUGACGACGGAAGGUCCGUCUUCUUCCGACAAGCUCUUCUCCUCGACCCCUGUGCCUCCACAGAGCUUCCAAGAUAUCGGAGGCGGUAACGGCCAAGGGAACGUAUCCGCGGCUGUGCCCUACGGAGGGCAGCCGAUGAUGCAGAUGCCUGUCUAUGCCCAUCAUAUGGGUAUGCAAGGGUAUCAUGAUCCUUAUCAUCAGAACCUUCAGCAUCAUCUUGGAGCUGGAGGGUUCGAAGCUAAUCCAUAUAUGAUGCAGCAGAACAAGUUCGGGUCCAUGGCGUCUUACCCUCCUGUUGGGGGUAGAAGUGCGCAUGAGAAUUAAAAUGAAUCGAUUUGGUUCUUGACUUGUGUCCGCAUCAAUAUGUCUUUUAUCUUUUGCCGAGUUUUUUAACCAAGUCCGCAUUGCAUCUACAUAGGAGAGAUCAUACAACAUAUCAUUUCGAAGCUAGACCAAUGAGCAUUCUUGGAACACAAUGCAUACUUGGGGACUUCUGUCAGGUUUCGUGUACUCAUUUUCUAGAUUGUGAGGUAAGUCUCUCAUGUCUCGUUUCUUUGCUUUGUUAAGGGUUUAUUUCUUUAAGAUGGCGUCAAACAUAAUCUUCAUGUUUCUUUACUUUUCAAUAUACGAAUCAGUUUAUCUUUUAAAAGGAGAGCUCAUUUUUGUCCAAUCAAAUUGCCUCACAUAUGACGACCUUUUAUUUUCUGUAAAGUAAUAACCUUUCAUUGGACUGGAGAGCCACGUACCAAUGAACUUCCGACACAAGGGAGAAAGUGACAUUCCAACAAAAGCGAAAACUCUUUUUUUAUUCUUUCUUGCUGACAUGAGUUAUUUGUUUCAGCUACGUAUGGUUCUACUUUGAGAUCUAUAUAAUAAUUUAAGACCUUUUCGUCUC